GUGUGUUUAAUUAGGGAGAAAGACAAAACCUGCAGUGUUGGGGGUUCUUCAGGACCAGGGUUGAGAAACACUGUGCUAAAUAGUUAUUUUAAAAUGAUGGCAAGUGUUCGUUUCGGAAUGAAGGCUAACACAUCUCAACAUUAUCCUACUUUAUGAUAUAGAAUAGGACAAAAGCUACAUUAUUGAAUAAUUUUAUAAAGCAGUAUUUAAUGACCCAAACAUACAGGACCUUUUUUUUUUUUUUAUAGAAUUCAGACAAAGUGGCAGAUGGCAACAGUUUCCUUGAUCUAGUCCUGUGGGCAUCAGUAUCACACAGUGAUCAUCACAGUUCACACCUGCAGUGAAGCUCCUCCCACAACAAUUCACCAAUAAAUACUGGGAAUAUUCACAUCAUCCUGCAAGAGAAGGACAAACUCCAGGUGUAGCAGCUGAAAUCUGUGUGAUUGAUAAAGAUGGAGUUUAUUAAAGAGGAGAUUGAAGACAUGAAUAUUUCAGAACCAUCCAGAAUAAAACAUGAAGAUACUGAGGAACAAAUAGACUGGAUGGAGAUGAAACCACAAAAACAUGAACUGAAUGAAGCAGAGGAGGAAAAGCAGAGCAUCAAAACUCAAAGAACAAAAGAUAAUAAGCCAUACACCUGCUCUCAGUGUGGAAAGAGUUUCAGUCAAAAAGGAAACCUUAAUAUACAUAUGAGAAUUCACACUGGAGAAAAACCGUUUACAUGCACUCAGUGUGAAAAGAGUUUUAGUCGAAAAGGAAACCUUAAGAUACACAUGAGGAUUCACAUUGGAGAAAAACCGUUUACAUGCACUCAGUGUGGAAAGGGUUUUGCUGGUGAAUCAGGUCUCAUAAAUCAUCUGCGCAUUCACUCUGGAGAAAAACAGUGUGAUCGGUAUGGUAAAGAUUUUAAUUCGUCAUCAAAUCUAAAAAAACACCUAAAAGUUCAUUCAGAUGAAAGGACUUUUGUGUGUUCUCUCUGUGGAAUGAGAUUUUCAAGUCUUUAUCAUUUUAAACUGCACAAGAAAACACAUAAAGAAGUGAGGGAUCAUGUGUGUUUGGAGUGUGGGAAGAGCUUUACUACAGCUGGUGAACUGAAACAGCACCAAAGAAUUCAUACUGGAGAAAAACCUUACAAGUGCUCAUAUUGUGACAAGAGUUUCACUCGUUCUGAAAACCUGAAAGUACAUGAGCGAGUUCAUACUGGAGAGAAGCCGUAUCGCUGUACACAGUGUGAGAAGACUUUCAAAUCUAAAACUGAUCUCAAGAAUCAUCUACUUCGUCACUCUGGAGAAAAGCCAUUUAACUGUGAUCAGUGUGGUAAAAAAUUUAUUUCAUCAUCACAUUUAAAACAACACCUAAACGUUCAUUCAGGUGAAAGGCCUUAUCUGUGUUCUUUCUGUGGAAAGAGUUUUUCAUGGCUGGACAGUUUAAAACUCCACCAGAAAUCACAUAAUGAAGUGAGAGAUCAUUUGUGUUCGGAGUGUGGGAAGAGUUUUACUAGAGCUGACUAUCUGAAAGAACAUCAAAGAAUUCAUACUGGAGAAAAACCUUACAAGUGCUCAUAUUGUGACAAGAGUUUUGCUCAGUCUGCACACCUGAAAUCGCAUGAGCGAGUUCAUACUGGAGAGAAGCCGUACUGUUGUACUCGGUGUGAGAAGAGUUUUAGACAUUUAUCAAGCCUUCUCACUCAUGUGAAAAUACGUUGCAAGUGAGCAACAUUUGUUGUAUCUUGAAUGUAUUUGUUUCUCGAAUACAUUCAAGUAAAUAGUAUGAGAUAUAAUAUGGAGUUUGUCCUAAAAGCACAAUAUCAUUUUGUCAAUUUGGUAAAAAGCUUGAAAAAUAAAAAGACUUAAAGCUUCACCAGUCCAUAACUCUAUGAAGUCAUUAUUGUAGUUUAUUUCUGUCAGGAUGGAUUGUGUGCUAAAUAGGUCUUUCUUGAAUUAGAUAAAUUCAUGUCAUUUUUUUAUUUAAUAAGUGUACUAACUGUCUUCUGAUAGUACUUGUAAUUUUGAGAAAUAAAACAGAAAUAACA